AUGGCAAUAGACUUGUGCCUUCCCAGCUGCGUCGCGUUCUUGGUGUUGCACAUUGGCGUCUUUGCUGUGCACGUGGCCACGCUUGUUCUCUUCUUCCGCCUGGGUUUACAGCCGGCUGGGACCGACCUUGAGGAGUCCAGCCUUCUAGUACAGGCUUGCUUGCUGCUUUUCCUGCAGCUCCUGGUCUCGUGUGUCUGUACCUGGGCCACUUGCCGCGAGCUGCGAGCCCUGAGCCUGUCGCCGGCGCGGCUGGGUCUGCUGCUGCCCCUGGCCAUUCCCUUGCUAGGCGCCGCGCAGUUGAUCCAGCCUUGGCUCCUCUGGAAGGAGCUGCGGCAGAAGGCGCCGGCUGCAGGCACCACGCAGGCGCCAGCAAGCCCGUCGACGAGUUCCACAAGGCGUUUGCAUGCCAGCGGCCUCGAGGCUGUGGCGCAAGGUGCGGCCUUCGCCGCUGCAUCCGCGGCCUUGCUGGCAGGGACGACCACAUUGGACGUGCGCAGCCGCUUGACGCUUUGGCUUUGUGCUGGCCUCUCGUGGCUCUCUACAUCCUUGGCGCUGGUGGAGAUGGACCAGGCGCUCUCAGACACAACAGCAGCCUGCCUUGCCAAGUGCCCAGGCCGCACGCUUCCCCUCCACUUCUUGCUGCGGGGGCUGGAGGUGGGCUCCCGGCUCUGGGUCCUCUUGGUCCUGGCGGCGCUGCUCCGGUCAGAUCGCCUUCAGAUCUCGCGAGGAGUGCCUUUGAUUCCUGUGAUGCUCUUCGCGGACUACAUCUUCACGGCGGCCAUCCUCUUCGGGGGAAGGACCUGCCGGAAGCUGGCGCUACUCCUGGCACUGCCGGCGAUGGCGGCCAACCCGCUCAAGUUUGUGGAUGUGGCGGCUUGGAGCAUCCGAGCUCGCAAGGUCUCCGCCCGCCUCGCCUGGCUGCGCCACCUGGAGCUUCUCCUUGCAGCCGGAGGUGCGGCGGCCUGGCUGAUGGGCCACUGGUCAUCAUCUUCGCCAAGGACAGGGCCAAUUCACGGUUGGGGAGACCUGGAGCGCUUCGUCCUGGACCAGGCCAACCUGCUCCCCAUCGCUGGGGCCGCUUCGGUUCUCCUCUACCACCUCUUUGCCUUCGCACUGGCGCGCGCGCAUGCAGAGCAGGUCCGAGCAGACGGCCUCCACCGAGCUGCGGCGCGCGGGGACGCGGAGGCAGUGGCCCGACUCCUUCGAGAGUUGCUUCCACGAAGGGAGGCCACCGCAGCGGUUCCUUCCUCCAGCUGCCGCCCAGGCGGUUGCGCACUGCUUGACGGCGGGCCCGUGAAUGCCUUGAGUGGUGCUGGCCUGGCGCCCUUGCACUUGGCGGCCUCUGCGGGUGCAGACCGCGUGGUGCGGGAGCUGAUCCGCGCAAAUGCCGAGGUGUCCCUAGCCACAAGAGAUUCUGGUGCGACGCCUCUGAUGCUCAGCGCCGAGGCGGGCAGCGACAGGGUUCUCCGACUCUUGCUCAGCAACGGGGCUGCCGAGGCGCUGGAAAGAGCGGGCCCCGACGGAAACACGGCGCUGCACCUCGCAGCACGUGAAGGCCAUUCUGAGUGCAUCCAUCGGCUGCUGCGGGCGAGAGCCAACCCGCAAACGCGCAACGCGAGGGGGCUUUCGGCCUUCGACUUGGCGAGGUCUCAGAAACCUGCAGAGGGCGACGUGACCGCGAGCCAGCUCCUCUCCACUUCCCUCUCGGAGGUGGCAAAGGAGACGUUUCACAACUCCCUGCCGCCAAAGCCUCUUCCGGAAGGCGAAGUGGUGGAGGCCGAAUCUCCAGAUGCUUGGCCCUUGCGGCUUCCCGUGCGCAACCUCGAGCCCGAGACCCCGGAGACCUCCACCAGAGGCGCACGAGAGGGCCGGCAGAGGCACGCCCCACCGCGGCUCGGUGACGCCGCGGCCCUCGGCGCCGUCGCCCUCGGCCCCCUCGCCGUCGGUGACAGCGCGGAGCGGUUGGACGUGCCUGUCGUGGCCGCUGCCGACAGUGCCUUGGACGAGCUGCUGGCCGAGGCGACCCGGGCGGGGCUCCGCGUGUCUGCGCAGUCGCAGCUUGGCUCAGGGGUCCGUCAACGCAAGAGGCCGGCGGUCGCGGCCAGUGCGGAGGUGCUCACAGAGGCCGGCACGAGCCGAACCAGCCCACGCACCCAGUCUGCCGUGGCCAUCGGAUGCAAAAGAAGUAGAGGCUCUGCGCCAGCUGUUGGCCGCGUCGGCAUCAGGGCCGACACGGACUCCAGGCCCAGCAGAGCUUUGCCCAAUACCGCACGAGGGCACCUGACGUUGGCCCCAGCCACGUCCAACCACAGGCUUGGCAAUCGCCGGGUGGUCAUCUGUGUCGGCGAUUCCAUCACGAAGGCCACCGUCUCGGGUGAUUGGCUUGGUCUCUUGCGGAAGCGGUUUCCCAACCUCCGCUUUGUCAAUGCCGGUGUGAACGGGGACUGCGCCUACAACGUGGCAGCCAAGGCCAAGGCGAUCCGCGAUUGUCAGCCGGUGGCGGUGGUCCUCCUCGUGGGCACCAACGACGCCAAGGCCGAAGUCAAAGCAAGUUGGGGCAAGCACAGCCGGCUGUACAAUGGGCUGCCGCAGGAGCCCAGCUACGACUUCUUCCGGGCUUCGCUGGCCUCAGCCACGGAGAUCCUUGCGGCCCCCGGGCGAUGCCCGGCACCUCCUCUGGCAGUGCUGACGCUGCCGAUGCUCGGGGAGGAUCCGGGGCACUUCGGCAACAAGGAAGUGGUCCCCAAGUACAACCGGGUGCUGGAAGAGGCGGUGGCGGCCCAAAGAGCGAGCGGUCGCGACCUCGAGUUACUGGAGCUCAAUGCUGCGCUCUGGGACCGUGCCAAGGAACUCCGGUCCGCCUCCUCCGCUCCUCUGCCUCCCCCGCCGCCCGUGGAGAAGUUCAUGGGCCUCGUGUGGCUCGGCGCCACGCUCCAUUAUUUGCUGGGUUGGAGCUGGGACGCGGUGGGCCGGCGCCAAGGGCAGAUGGUGAUGUUCGAUGCCCUGCACCUGAAUGAUGCAGGGGCAGCUGUCGUGGCGCACCUUGUUACCAACUGGCUGGUGAAGCAUGUGAACACCGGGGCGGCUUCUGAAGAGUUGCAACGCUGGUAG